UAGYUGAGAGACAAUAUAUUCAGUAUUGGGCGGAUUCGCGAAGAGACCUUAAUUUUAAAACGACAAUACCACAAAAUAUUGUCGUAUCAAAUAAAUAAGAAACUAUUUAGUGAAUCGCGAUACCACAGCAUAUUGUCGUCUCAAAAAUAUAAGAGACUAUUUAGUGAAUCGCGAUACAUAAAUGUAGCGUGAGAGUGGUGAAUACAGACGCGAAGCCAACCUUGUAAUUGUCAAGAGUCAGUUGUUGUACUGUCGAUAUUUCCUYGAUUUUCUCGCUGAAAUAUUACACUUCAUCCAGAUUACCCAUCUAGUAACUGAGAUCUUGUUAUAAACCUUGCUUUAUGAUGGCUAGCCAAGAAGAAAGGGAUAAUUACUUCAGCUUGGCUCUUCUGCUAUUCCGUGUUGGGAACCAAAAGUUACGAGAGUAUUUCAAGACACAGUGGCCAAUAGUUUACCAGCGUGUCAAACCUGGUACAGUACCACCCCCUUGGAAUGACACACCACGUGAUGCAGCAGAAAUGAAAAAAAUACAACCAUGCAAACUGAAAUUCAAGUUCAAAGAUGAAGAAACAAAGUUCAAUUCAGGAAACACAAACGACUGGGACUUCUCACUUCUCACCUCAGUGCUGCUAUAUUCAUCUUUGGAAUUUGUGCUGCCUUUCAGUUCUGAAAGUAAAGCGUUAGACGAUCUUAAAGCGAUCCGUAACAAACUAAUAGGACAUGCUACUGAUGCAGCAAUACCUAGUGCAGUAUUUAAAACAGCGUGGACAGACGCCUGCAAUGCAUUAGCGCUGUUCAAUGCGUCUGAGGCUGACUUCAAGUCUGUAAAAGAUGAUGUAAAAAAACCAUUGGAUGUGUUGUACCCAAUGCUGCAACAGUGUGUUAAACAAGAGAAAGAAAUACGAGAUUCUGUUGACAAAACAGGUGAUCAAGUUUUGAGUCAAGGGCAACAAGGUCAGAAGAGGUCAUCAGCUGAUGUCCAGCCAUUUGCUGUACUAGUAGCUGUAGUAGCUGUUGGUUUUCUCUAUGGUUGCAAGCACUAUGGUCCAAGAGACUUGGUUAUCAGCGCUGUUAUUGGUGCCUUACUCAUCUACUUGACUUACUGGGCAUACAUGAUGUGGUACAUACAUUACUGUAGUCGAGCAUUAAAAUCAUCCAUCGAAAAAAGAACAGAAUCAUUGCCCAAAAAUAUUUCUUCCCAUGACGUUACCAGUGCAAAGACAGACGACAUCUUCACCAAUUUGACAGUAUAUUAUGCCAAUAAAAAGCAAGAGAAAAAAGAACAAGAAAAAGACCUGAACAGAAGUCAACAGCAGCAGGGAUGCACCAAAAGAACGACGGGUUUUAAAGUUGAGAAAUACGAAGAUAUUUUCAUUGGAAUGAAAGAAGGAAAUCGAAAAUUUCUUCUUAGCGGUAAACCCGGUAUAGGUAAAACUAUGUUUUGUGAGAAAGUCAUACGAGAUUGGUCUAUGAAUAGAUUAUUUCAAAACGAAAACACUCCCAAUAUUAAGUUCGCGUACUUGUUAAAGUUCCGUCAGCUCAGUUUACAGGGCGACAAAGAAAUGAAUUUACAAGAAUUACUGAAUUGUUCGCCCAUUCUUGACGACAAUUCAAAGAUAAACGAUUCAUUAUUUGAAUAUUUGAUUACAAAUUCCUCAGAGGUACUGAUMAUCUUGGACGGAUUUGAUGAAUUUUCGGAAACGUACCGUGAACAAAUCGCUGGGGAUUUUGAGAAAAAAUAUCCAAAUGAUUCAACAAAAAAWAUGCCAAUCCCUGAACUUUGUUCUAAACUGAUCAAAGGAAUAUUUUUAAAAAAUUCUGUGGUUUUGGUAUCUUCAAGGCCAGAAGAAGCCGAGGUGUUGGGAGAAAUCAAUUUUGACAGAUACGUAGAAAUCUCGGGCUUUUCACCUGAACAAGUCAUCGAGUAUGUCGACAAAUAUUUCAGCGAACCAGAAAAACAACAAACAAAAAUGCUGGUAAGCAAUCAUGUAAGAAAAAAUGAGAACCUCAUAAGUUUUUGUCAUAUUCCGCUGUUGUCUUUCUUGUUGUGCUGGAGUUUAGACUGGCAAAUUACUCGUGAAGGAAUCACGGAAAAUCUACCCGCUAAAAUAACUGAUCUCUAUCGUAAAGUUAUUAAAGUCUUAAUAGAGAAACUCCAUGCACGUCUAAAGGAUCAAAAAAUGCCAAAACAUGAAAAGGAGAAAAUAGUUCAAGAAACGCUGGACAAACUAGCAAAAUUAGCAGCUUAUUUACUGAAGAAGAGUAAAUAUAUUUUUGACGAAGAAGAUAUGAACGAACUAAACCUUACCGAGGACGAAAUUGAAAACUUGAAAAAAAGCGGCAUUCUUCAUUGUGUUCCUGGAAUUAGAAUUUCCGAAUUUGAAACAAAAGCAGAGUUUAGUUUCACUCAUUUGACUCUGCAAGAAUAUCUCUCUGCUUCUUCUUUUGUGAAAGAUAAAGAAAUCCCAGAGGACGUGAGCGGGCAGACGAUUGUGUUCAUGUUUGGAAUUUUGUCGAGGGAAAACAAUGAAGAACUAUUGAAUGCACUAAUCGAACGGAAAACACAAGAUGAUAAUGUAAAUAGAYUGCUAAUAUUACAGUGUCUGUAUGAGUAUGGAAACGAAGAACUAAGUAAACAAACUAUAAAUAAUCUGUACGAUAAAUACUGUGGUAGUAAUGGGAUCAUUCGUUUUUACGGAGUAACUACUGAAGUUGAUAUUAAAUACAUAUCGUAUUUGUUGGAUAUCAUUCGUUCACUAAAAGAACAAGAUCCACAGUCAUCUAGUGAUUAUACAUUGUUCAUUCGUGGUUCACCUUUAACCUCGUUUGGUGUUGGAGUUGUUUGUAGUUCACUUGUUCCUAAUUCGUUCAUAACUGAACUGAAGCUGCCGGCUUGUAGGUUAAAUGAUAAAUGUGUAGAAAAAAUGACUGAGUCAUUAGUAAAGACUGGAAUAACCCACCUAGACCUAAGGGAUAAUGAAAUAACAGGCGAAGGAGUGAAGAGUAUUUCUAGUGUACUAGCAGAUACUAAAAUAACCCACCUAGACCUGGGGUGGAAUAAAAUAACAGAUCAAGAAGCAGAGAGGAUUUGUGAGGUUAUCAUACAAGAUGAUUGUCAAGUAGAACAAUUAGACUUAUGGGGCAAUGAGGAAAUAACUGUAGAAUGUAAGAAACGUGUAAAACAUUUCGUAAAAGAACACAAACCUGGUGUGAAUUUAGUUAUUGAAGAUGAAUGAAAAUGAGAAUUGUACUGCAUAUAUAUUUGUUAUUAUUUGUACAAUGUGUCAUUGAAUAAUAAAGUAAAUUUUGGAGUUUA